AUGGCUCUUUCCUCAAUCUUUGGCGGCGCUUCUCCAUCGCAGCAACAAAAGGCAACAGUAGCUGCUUCGUCGUCGAAAGCUGCCAGCGUGAAAGACCAACUAAAAGCGCAAAUUGGUCAGGAAUUAGCAGUGGCCAAUGCCAGUGAACUGGUCAACAAAGUCACCGAAAACUGCUUUGAAAAAUGUUUAAGCAGUCCAUAUUCCAACGCCGAAGAAGGUUGCGUCGACCAGUGCUUGGCCAAGUACAUGAGAAGCUGGAACGUGGUGUCGAAGGCAUAUGUCGCCAGAAUCCAACAGGCUUCGACCUCUGGUGAAAUCUAA